GGAGGGGAGAGGGUCUCCUGUCUGAUCCUUUGUCAUGGGAAGACUUUACUCUGCUGCUUCAUACAGAGGGAGUGAGACAGAGAGGAGGACUUCAGCUUCAGCUGCGAAAGAAAGAAAACCCAACUCAGGCUCAACUAUGUGAAUGGGACAGAGAUCAAAGGUUCAAAGGGAACAAAGCACGUAGGGCCCAGCUGAAUCCUGAAGCCUCAGAUUGAAUCACAGAAAGGAGGUCAGUGUGAUGAACAGCAUGCUUCCUCAGAGGAGCGCUGUCGCCACACUGGGCUACGGCUCAGACUGUGUGAAGAUAGACCACAGCAGCAGUGGCUCAGUGGGUGGGACAAUACUGAGGGGCUCUCGCUCAAAGGCAGAGCUACAGGAUCUGAUGGAGACGCUACAGCGCAGGAAGAGCGCUCUGGAGGCCAGCUUGAGGGCAGCUGAGUGCAGCCGUAAGUACCUCAGCGUGCCCCCACCUGUUGGAUCCCAGACCACGAGGCCGCUUUCAAUCCUCAGCAAUACUGAUCGGCCUCCAUCUGCCUCCAGAACUUUUUCCUACAUGACCAGCAGCAGCGUGCCUCCAUCACCUCGCCAAGGUGAACGCCAGCUGAGCUCUAACGGCUUGCUCCGUCAUUCCCACUCUCGCCACCAGUCACAAGACAGCCUGCUCCUCUCUAACGCAGCAGAGGGAAGCUCUCUGCUCUCCUCUUAUGGACCUCGUUCUCCCAGGGUGAAAAGUGGAGCAGCCAGUGUGCCGUCCAGCCCUCGUAUGGGCCGCCGGCUCUACUCUCAGGGCAAAGCUGGAGGAGACUCUCGGCAAAGGAAGUACUCCACUGGCUCCCUCAACAGCCUGGGGUUGCAUAGCCGUUCUUUGCCACGGCUUCACAACGUGGCAGACCCCCCUGCUCUGUCUUUACCGUUACGACAUGCAGUGGGUUCCCACAGAGGAGUGGGCUCAGCAGCGCAGCGGCGCAGUCUCUCCUCCCUGGAGCAGCCGCCAGAUGUGACAGUACCAGCCAGCAUGCCUAGCACUCCCAGGAGGGCCAGCCUGGUCUCUCUGAGCUCUCUUGGUAUAGAUAUGGACGAUCUGGGCUUUGGGGAGAGGAGGUUGUCCUUUGGGAAGGGUGGAUUGAGUCCAGGGCAAAGGGUGGGCAGCAUCACCUCUUUGAAUGGCAAAGAGGAGCUGAGAGACUAUCACCAGCACCAGAGAGAUGAACGACUCAGGGAGCAGAAAGUGCAGAGAUUGGAGUGCCAGCGUCUAGAGACCAUCUUAAACCUGUGCACUGAGUUUGGCCAGGUGGAGAGAGAGCCGGCGGGCUCAGCUGUGUCUGACCUGCAGAAGAUCAACAAGGAGCUGGAGAAGCUGCAGGUGUCUGAUGAUGAGUCGGUGUUCUCGGACUCUCCCAGCAGCACUGCUCCAGAGAACUGCUUCGGUGCCAAAGCCAGAGACUUCCAGCUUACAGAGGAGCAGCAGGUCAGCCAGCGUCAGCAGAGCGGCUACAGAGAGGCCAGGUCCCACUCACCUGCUAUCAGCCUGAACAGCAGUGCCCCCUCACCAUCCACCCACCACAGAGCCAAAGCCUUGGAGAGCGUGCAGCUGAAACAGGAAGUAACGCAUAUAGAGGAAGAGAGGAUUCAAGUUUUGAACAACAUAGAGGAGCUGGAGCAGAAGAUCAAAGACUUGGACAACCAGAUGGAGGAGUCUGUCCGAGAGAUGGAGGUGGAGUGCGCUCUGCUGGAGGGGGAGCAGGAGUCGGAGGUGGCCCAGCUGCAAAGGGAAAAGGAGCUUUUGGAAAAACUCAAGGAAAAGAUUCACAGUGUUGAGAAGACGAGCCACACUGAGAAGUCACAGCAGGAAGUUGAAGAGCAGACAAAAAGUUUGGAGGAUUUGGAGUUUCAGAAGCUGGAGAGAGAAAUUAAUCAGGACGAGGAAAAAGAAAGUCAGAGCCAAGAGCUGCUGCGAGAGAUCGCCGAGUGUCAGCGCCUUACAGUCACACGCAAGGAAAGAAUCAUGACGCUGAAGAAACAGUCCUCACAGAUUACCUUACAGGCUCAGCAAGAGAGGGAGAAUUUCCAGAGAGAGAAAAACAAUUUGCUCGUCAUGCUUCAGAAGGAGAGAGAGAAACUGGUGUCUUUGGAAGGAAAGUAUGCAGAGUUAUCCGAGGGGCAGACCUUCACUAACAACCCUGUAGCCAUUAAAGAGCACUUGCACUCUCUGAAGGAAAGGAGAAGAAGUGGCAAAGAAAACUCUUCCCACCCGAGUGACAGCCUACCUCAUAAGAGGAGCCAGCAGCUCCUCACCCCUUACGGCAGAUCCCUGGGACGCACACUUCCUCCCAAGGUCAUUAACUUUAUGUCGGAGGCCCACUUGCCUCUGUCCCAAAGCUCCAGCUGUGGCAGCGUUAUCCCACAAGGCUUCAGCUUCUCCCCCAGGGACCUGACUACCCGCCGCCUGCCUAAAACAGGCAACAGCCAUGCACACAUGAAUGAAGACAGGCAGAGAAGAAGUGAUUUUUGCAGCAGGAUGGUCUCCGAGCCCAGCGUGUUCUUGGACUCCUUCUACCCGGACAACAGCCAGGCCUCUGAUACUGUCAGCGUGGACAGCUCUGACAGCCUGGAGACCAGUUUCUCUGCCUGCUCCCCAGACAAUAUCUCCAGAAAUCUGGUUCUUCAUGUGUUUGACAACUGGUGUUUUCCAUUUUCCAUCAGUGCCAGUACGUCUAAUAUGGCGAAGAUUGAGGAGAUGGAGCGAUUACUCCGAGAGGCCCAGGCUGAGAAGCAUAGGCUCCUCGAGCAUCGGGAGCGUGAGAUGGAGAUGCGCAGGCAUGCUCUAGAAGAGGAGCGAAGAAGAAGGGAGGAACUGGAGAAACGACUGCAGGAGGAGACGAGCAGGAGACAGAAACUUGUAGAGCGAGAGGUGAAGCUCAGGGAGAAACAGAGAUCACAGUCCCGGCUGUUGACUCGCUACUUCCCUGUAAGAAAAGACGACUUUGAUCUUCACGGCCAUAUCGAGGCAGCUGGACACAACCCAGAUGCCUGCUUCCAUCUGGCCAUCACUGAUAAAACCUGCCGAGGCUUUCUGGUCAAAAUGGGUGGCAAGAUCAAGACAUGGAAGAAACGCUGGUUUGUCUUUGACCAGAAUCGCAGGACGCUCACCUACUAUGCAGACAAACAUGAGACCAAGAUGAAAGGAGUCAUUUACUUUCAAGCCAUAGAGGAGGUGUAUUAUGACCAUUUAAAGAACGCACACAAAAGCCCCAACCCCUCACUGACGUUCAGUCUGAAGACCCACGAUCGGGUGUACUAUAUGGUCGCUCCGUCGCCUGAAGCCAUGCGUAUUUGGAUGGAUGUUAUGGUCACGGGUGCUGAAGGACACAUGCAUUUUAUGGUGUAACUGAUCCCAACAGAUCAGUAUCCACACCACUAAAGUUCAUUGGUAAGCGUUGUGUCACAUGGGACGGUUGCGGUACUCUGCUUGUAUCAACGUUGUGCAGCAGAGCUGAGAUUGAUGUUCAUCAGGUCAACAAAAAAAGAACUUCUGUUUACACUUGUAUUAUCUGUAGCCUACAUGUCAUGCUCAAAAGCACACUUUAUAAUGUAAUCAUGUAUAACAGAGCAAAAGAAUGGAUAUACAGGUUUUAUAAUUAAGCUAUUUAGUUUUUGUUGUUGUUUAUGUAGCGCAUCACUAAAUCUCGCACCAGUUUAGUAGUUACAUUCUCCAACCUCAGAUUUCCUUAAACAAAACCUCUGCUUGUCUUAAACUCUCCUUGUUAUGUUUGGCUUCUUUUCAAUUAAAAAGUGAUCAGGGAACAUUCUAAAUCAGGGAUACACAACUUGUGGUCCAUUUGGCUCACGAUAGGGUGCCGGGUGGCCCACUGACCAUUUUCUAAUUUAUGAUGAAGAUCAUUUGAUUCACACAGGGAGUUGUUUUUGUACUCUAAAUGCAAAUAAGGUGCCAGAGUGCAUAAAAAAGCAUCAGAAUAGAGCUUGUUUAUAAAAAGCAGUGCCAGGGAGGAUCCAACAUACGUCUGGGCCAAGCCCCGAAUGUCCUCAAAUCCUAGAAACAUGCCCAUGUACAACAAACAUCACAAGGUUGAAAAAAGGUAUUUCAUUUAUUAUAUAUACUGAUAAAUAUCAUUGUUGUUUGUUAAUUAACUGGCCCCUGGCCUCCUGACAUUUUGCAAGAGUGGCCCCUGAGCAAAACAAAUUGAGUAUCCCCGAUCUAAAUGAUCAGAAACACAACACCUGCUCCACCUCUAAACUGUGGUACAUACUGGUGCUGCUCGUCUAUAGCAGAUGCAUAUCUGCCAAACAGCUUUCUAUAACCUAGCGUUUAGUCAUACAUGUAUCCGUCAUGUUCCAUGUUUAAGUUAUACGUCCACCUUCUCUCUCGUCUUCUGGUUGGAUGUCAGGUUGUAUCAGUGAGUCACCACUUCUUUGUUCUUUCUCCAAAUAAGAUCAUACUGUCUGUGUUUGUGUUUGCAAGAAUGCACAUUUUUACUUCAACUCAGAUUUAUUAUUUCUAUGUUGUCACUAAUAUUCAAAUGUCAUGAGUGUGAGUAUUACUUUACAUUUUUCAACUCAAGCAUUUUAUUGCUGCUGCCAGACUACAAGCAUAAGCUGGUCUUGUCUUGCUCAUUUGAAGCAGGGCUGAAUGUCCACCAUUACUAUUACUUCAAACCAUGUCUCUUUGCAUCACUUUCACUCCAGUGAGUCUUAAUGUCACAUUAUGCAAACUUUAUUCAUGAAGAAGAAGUUAUUUCAGGCACUUUUGUAGGUUUUAUUGUUAUGAAUUAUUAGAAAUUGUUGGCAAUAUUGUAUUCAUAAAAGUAUAAAAUGCUCCAAAAUUACAGUGAUACUGUGGUACAUGCCUGCCGCUGUGCAGCUAGCUCCCUCUGUCCAUAGUAGAGGCUGCAGGCCUGAUGUGAUUUGAGGCCAUGUUGUGCAGCAGUGAUGCUGUUUUGUACUGCGUCACCCACGUUACAAAAGCAUUUCAGUAUGCAUUUUCACCAGCAGAGGUCCUCAGUGCAGAGUUAUUGCACUGAAUGAUGUAAUGCCCAUGGUUAGUAGGCCCAUGCUCAUCAAUGAGCCAUAUUUUCUAACUCGUAUAUAUCAUAUAUGUGCAUUUAUCAGCACAUGCAUAUCAAGCUGAAGAUUUGCUCUUUGGAAGCAAAGCAGAAAUCAUGUUCAGGAUCUUGAACACAAAAUGAUUUUUUUAAUAAUUUUCUUUUAAAUGUUUUAUAAACUCCAUAUGUUUGAUCUGUAUAUUCUUUGACUAUUUGUAGCAGUCUGACUGAUAAUGAAAGAUCUCUUUAACAGCAAGUGACCAGCAGCUGUUGGUUUACAGACUACAGAGUGCAGAGGAGGCUGCAGGGCUGACAGUGUUGCAGAUGAGGUGUUGCCUUUCCUGGAUGCUCCUCAGUGAACGGAGGCAUCUGUCCUGUUGACACCUCAUCCGCAAACUGUCCUCCGCUGUGAGAGACACAGGCCUUGAAACCAAACAAAUAACUGCGUUUAUGUAUAUUUUUAAUAAAUUUUAUAUUUUGUGUAUGAAAAAUGGUAAUUUUAGUCGACUCUAUGCUACAUUUUUUAUGAUUGGCAUUUGUCAUGUUUCAAUAUGAAUAAGAAUAAAUAAUUUUG